AUGAAAGGUGCUACCCCAGACCGCUCGUUCCCUUGCGUCGUCGCAGAUCAGCACUCUGAAUAUUGCGACAAGUCGUUUCCAACAAUUUGGAAGCACAAUGAGCAUCUAAAAAGAUGUCACUCUCCCGUCUACUGGUGCGAGAAGUGUCUGUACAAGUUCAAUACAUCAUUGCCCGAAGGGAGUCUUGAGCUUAUCAAAGCCGGACACGACAAGAAUGAGUGUAAGGGCAAACCUUCGCCGGACAGCCUCUUGGCCUGGAGUGGUCACUGGAUCAUGGACCAGGACCAGUAUCAUCGCUUCAAAGUCGUGGGCUGGCGACACACUCAUGUUCCCAACCCGAUCUUCAUCAACGGCAAAAAAGAGCCUAAGCCGAUGACAAGCUGGAGAAGAAUUCGCGAAACAAUCUUCCCGGGAUCAUCGAUCGAGCUGAACGCCGAACCUGUGGCACCCGGUCGGACUACUGAAGAUGUCAUAACCAUGGUAGGAGGCAGGCCAUCGGUCAUGCCGCAAGUCCCUGAUGUUCUAGCCCAUGGCACGGAUUUGAGCCAAAGGCUGAUGCCGAUCCCUCCGUCUAUGACCACGGACGCGUCUCAAUUGUCGACCGAAUUCUCUUGGGAGACCAGUUUUCAGACGGACCCUUCAUCGCUCAUGUUGUCUUACUUAGGAGCCGAUGGGCAGCACGAGACUUAUGAUAUCGAACACGAAAUCACUACGGGUCAUGAGGACUCUUUUGAACUGGACCCGGAGGAGUAUCCAGAACAGCAGUCCUGGAACUCUUUGAGUGAUAUUGGUGGCUGGCAAAACCCCCUUCCGUAUCAGGUUCUAAUAGAGGGUAACUCUAGUGACCCGCAAAAAGCGGCUGACCGAGAGUAA